UUGCAACACCAGCGGCCACCUAUCAGCAGCGAUCUGCAACAGUUCGGGCAGCCAACGGCAAGGAACGGCCGCGAUAUACAGUCCAGCUCAUGUCCUUGCUGCACAUCGCCAGCUAUGUGCUGUGCCUGUGUGCGUUCAGCUUUGCGCUCUAUGCGAAUGUGCGACAGACGCGUGUCGAGCAGCGAAUGCAGCGCCUGCAGGAGCUGGACGCACGCAUCGUCGAGCUGGAGCUGCGCCUGGAGCAGCAGCAACUGCUGCACUGGCCCGCCGACCAGCCCCAAAUCAUUUCCAGCCCCCUCAGUAGCAGCAACAGCGACAGCAGCAGCAACAGCAAUAAUGGCACAUCUUCGCACCUGGUGUUACAUGUGCGCCGCGAGCUACAUCGUCUGCGUCGCGACGUCUCCCACCUGCAGCUGACGCGACGUCAGCAGCGCCGGCAGGCGGCCGAAGCGGCUGCCGCAGCAGCAGCAGCGAGCCUCGGAGGCAGCUCCGCGGCCAAUGGCGAGUGUCAGUGCCAACCAGGUCCACCAGGUCCACCUGGACCGCCCGGCAAGCGAGGGAAGCGCGGCAAGAAGGGCGACCCCGGCGAGAAGGGCGAGGCGGGUCUCAAUGGCAUCAGCGGCGAGAAGGGCGCGGCCGGCAAGCCCGGCGACAAGGGCCAAAAGGGCGACACCGGCCAUCCGGGCGUCGACGUCUUCCAAACGGUGAAGGGCCUCAAGAGAUCGGUGACAACGCUGCAUGGCGGCACCCUUGGCUAUGCGGAAAUCGUAGCUGUUAAGGACUUGCAAGAAGCGGGCGUUAACGUCUCCGCUUCGACGGUUAUACAGCUAAAGGGUGAGCCGGGCGAGCCUGGUCCGCCGGGACCGCCGGGAGAGCCGGGCGUUGCGGGCGUGCCGGGCGAGCGUGGACCACCAGGCGAAACUGGACCGCAGGGAUUACAAGGUGAGGCCGGACAGCCAGGCCCGAUUGGACCGCCCGGUGUGCCCGGCGCACCUGGCAUAAAGGGCGACAAAGGCGAUCGCGGUGAUCGCGGACUCACCACAACCAUCAAGGGUGACGAGUUCCCAACGGGCAUCAUCGAGGGUCCGCCGGGACCGCCCGGACCACCUGGCCCGCCCGGAGAGCGAGGUGAGCCCGGCCAGAUGGGACCCAUCGGACCGGCCGGACCGCCGGGCGAGAAAGGACCACGCGGCAAGCGGGGCAAGCGGCUAUUUGGACCCGGCGGCGCCAAGCUGGAGGACGACUAUGAUGAUCCGCCCGUCACACUGUUACGUGGCCCACCCGGACCACCGGGCGCCGCGGGCAAGGACGGCCGCGACGGACGUGAUGGCAGCAAGGGUGAGCCCGGAGAGCCAGGUGAGCCGGGCUCCCUGGGUCCACGUGGCCUGGACGGCCUACCAGGUGAGCCGGGCAUUGAGGGCCCACCUGGUCUGCCCGGCUACCAAGGUCCGCCCGGCGAGAAGGGCGAUCGCGGCGAUAUUGGUCCACCUGGUCUGAUGGGACCCCCUGGCCUGCCCGGACCACCAGGCUAUCCAGGCGUCAAGGGCGACAAGGGUGACCGCGGCGAUUCGUACCGCAAAAUGAGACGCAGGCAGGACGAUGGAAUGUCCGAUGCCCCACACAUGCCGGCAAUUGAAUAUCUUUACGGACCACCUGGUCCACCCGGCCCCAUGGGCCCGCCCGGACACACUGGACCACAGGGCGAGCGCGGCCUGGACGGACGCAAGGGUGAUCCUGGCGAGAAGGGACACAAGGGCGAUCAAGGACCCAUGGGCUUACCCGGCCCAAUGGGCAUGCGUGGUGAAUCGGGACCCUCCGGUCCAGCAGGCAAGGCUGGCCUUCCGGGUCCGCCUGGCUUGGAUGGCAUGAAGGGCGCACAGGGCGAGACGGGACACAAGGGCGAGCGCGGUGAUCCAGGUUUGCCGGGCACCGACGGCAUACCCGGACAGGAGGGCCCGCGUGGCGAGCAGGGCUCACGCGGCGAUGCUGGGCCGCCGGGUAAGCGCGGACGGAAAGGAGAUCGCGGCGACAAGGGCGAGCAGGGCGUGCCCGGACUGGACGCGCCCUGUCCGCUGGGCGUGGACGGACUGCCGUUGCCUGGCUGCGGCUGGCGUCCGCCAAAGGAGCCUAUCGUCUCAACGCCCAUGCACAAGGACUACUUGCCGGAUGUGACGCAGCCGGAGAGCAAUGCCAGCGACUACGAGCAGGAGGACGAGGACGAAGAGGACCAGCCGGAGGAUAAUGAAAACGAAUAUGAUGAAUAUCAGGAGCAUUUGCAUAACAAUGACUAAAAACGGAAACAGCCAAGCCCAAAAGCGACAAAGGGCAAACACAAACACAAACGCAAACACAAACUCAGACACUGAAACAUAACCAAAGCAAAUAGAUCCUUAAACACACCCGUACCCACACACAAACACGCACACACACACACGCACUCACACAUAUAGAGCUAGACAUAUACGCACUAGCGACUAGUUAAGCAUUUCCGAUUUCCGCAGCUGACUUGGCUCCGUUUCGCUCACUGUUGACACAUGCAAUUAGCGCUAACCGAUGCAGAGUGGCUGCUACCCCUAAUGGCUAACUGUAGUUGAUUCUAUUAGCGUACACACUGCUCACUCUAACUCACACUUACACACAUCUACACAGUCACACACCUACAUACAUGUAGCUUGAACGUAACUGGCUUGGCUUGGCUUCGCUUGGUGUUGGUAUUUCGAGGUGAAACAUACGUUUGGCUUUGUUUCGUCCUUCCUUCCUUCUUUUUUUUUCCAUUUUGGUAACAAGAUUGGCCAUUUUUGGUAUACAUAU